AUGACCACACCGCGCUGUUUCAUCGUCCGCCACGGCGAAACCGAAUGGUCCCUUUCGGGUAAACACACAGGCACGACGGAUAUUCCCUUGACGAAAAACGGCGAGAAACGAGUCCGCGCCACGGGGAGGGCGUUGGUCGGCGAUGAUAGAUUGAUCGUACCUAGGCAGUUGGUGCAUAUCUACGUCUCCCCGCGCCGCCGAGCGCAACGAACGCUCGAACUACUCAACCUCGGCUGCCACCACCCCUAUCCCUGGGAAUCCAGCACGACCGACACCUCCUCCAGUUCCAAGCAUCUUCUUGAAUCCAGUCCGCCGCGCUACAAGACCGACGCGCACGUCACGAUCGACGACCGCAUCGCCGAAUGGGACUACGGCGACUACGAAGGCAUCACGAGCGCCGAGAUCCGCGAGAUGCGCAAGAAGCAGGGUCUCCCGCCCUGGGAUAUAUGGCGAGACGGCUGUCCUGGCGGCGAGUCGCCCGAGGACAUCAUCCGGCGCGUGGACAGCCUGAUUGCGGAAAUCAGAGACCGCUACCACGCCCCCGUCAUCGGGAAACCUAAGGACUCGGGCCUCGCGGGCGACGUCUUGGUCGUCGGCCAUGGUCAUAUCCUGCGCGCGUUUGCCAUUCGCUGGGUCGGGCAGUCGCUGACGCAGACGUCGUUGAUCAUGGAAGCUGGAGGCGUGGGGACCUUGAGUUACGAGCACCAUAAUAUCCACGAGCCGGCUAUUUUGUUGGGUGGUGGCUUUGUUGUCGGCGAGGAGAAGGCGGAGAUUGAAAGGGCUGAGAGGGAAGAGAAGGAAAAGGAGGAGGAAAAGGAGAAGGAAAAGGAGGAGGAAAAGGAGAAGGAAAAGGAGAAGGAGAAGGAGAAGGAGAAACAACUGCAGAAUUAG